AUGGGGAAAACGCAAAUAUCGGAAAAACGCAAAUAUGGGAAAAACGCAUAUAUGGAACAAACGCAAACAUGGGAAAAAGGCAAAUAUGGUAAAUUGGAAAUAUGGGAAAAGAUAAACUUGUGGUACAAAUAUGGGAAAAUCGCAAAUAUGGGAAAAACGCAAAUACGGGAAAAACGCAAAUAUGGGAAAAACACAAACAUGGCAAAAACGCAAAUAUGGCAAAAAUGCAAAUAUGGCAAAAACGCAAAUAUGGCAAAAACGCAAAGAUGGCAAAAACGCAAAUAUGGCAAAAACGCAAAUAUGACAAAAACGGAAAUAUGGCAAAAACGGAAAUAUGGCAAAGACGCAAAUAUGGCAGAAACGCAAAUAUGGCAAAAACGAAAAUAUGGCAAAAACGCAAAUAUGGGAAAAACGCAAAUAUUGCAAAAACGCAAAUAUGGCACAUUGCAAUAA